CGCCGCUUGGACACGCUUACAACACCUAAACAUUCUACAUACAUAUUAUGUACAUACACCCUCAAAUCUUCAACAUAUACACAAUACGACCACACAACAAAAUCGACGCAUUUACAGCCAAUCUCAAAAACGACAACAAAAGCCACCACGACAACGCGGUCAUUAGAUGGUGAACUCCUUUGGCAACAGGAGGCCACCGAAUUCAUAGAACGUUUUCCACAGCGGCGUCGGCCACAUGGUACACUCCGUCAGAGCGUCUCUGCUGGUGCGCUUUAUAAGAAUGGUACAGCGAUUACGACGAUAAAUAAACGCGCUAGUGGCGGCGAAUUACUUACAACUCAACAGCGCCACCAACGAGAUCUUUUCAGCGGCGAUUUAGGCAUACCAGAGGUGCGUACGCAUGUCGGCAGUAUGGUGCACACCUUCGAAACGCUUGCUAUGCAACGUAAACUUGCCGAUAAGGAGCGUGCGAAAGAGCGCGCCUUGGCGCUGCAACAGCAACAGCAGUGGGAACGUGAACUGUUGCACGAGCGAAACAGUAAGUAUAUGCCAGCGCUUACAAGCGCCACACACACGACCACAUACACAUACGACACGCCUACACAUGCGUCAUGCCCAUCACAGCACGGCACAAGUAAUAGUAAAUAUCACAAACUAAAGCGUAAAUCACACGAAUCGCGUCAGCGUCUCAUACAACUCAGUAAACAGCAGCUACUGGCUGCUUUUGGCAACACCAUCAAGCAAUCGAAGCCAGCAAAUGCAGUCGCCAAGCUGGAGAGCAGUUUCAGCGCGCAAACGUUACCCGGUGUCUGUGGUAGGCAGGCACUGCUAUCAGAUGAUGGUUUCCUUAAGCGACACAGUACUAUGAGUCUGCACUGUGCAGAAACAAGUGAAAAACCGAAUAAGGAUGAUAACUUUGUAGAGCAAUAUUGUCAGUUGGACGAUGAUUAUCGCAAAAAUCUCUUUGGCACAAUAUCAAGUAGAAUGCAUGCGCCUUUACAACAAAAUGGAACUCGUAAAGGUAGCGUUGUAAGUGAGCAGUACGCAUACCACAACGCGCCCUACAAUAGCAUGCACAAUAGUCUAGAAGUAGAAGACAUAAUCGUUCACAAUCCGCCAAAUCUUGAGCACGACGAGGCACAUAUUGUGAAUGCUGCCUUCGAUGAGAUAUUCGCUAGCUAUAGCGGCGUUGACGAUGAUGACGAAGCAGACAAGUCCAGCGCAGCGGGAAUAUUCAGUAAUGCUACCACGUACUCUACACCGGGCGAUGAGCAAAUGAUAAGCCUAAGUGAACUGGAUGAUGAUGUGUUCAGGUCGGUCAGUACGAAUCACAUCAAUAACAUUGGACGCCCCGGUAGCACGCCAAUGAAGCUACCGGCAUUAGGAAUGAGUGCGCAGAAAAAAUCGGCGCCUCCACCACCAUCAAAAAAGUCCCAUUUAACAUUCAAAACGCCUGCAGGUGAAAGCGAAGCAUCAGCGCCUAAACGUAAGCGUCAAAUUGUACCGUUAGCCAAACAGAAACAACGUUCUACAACACUAAAUAAUCUUUUCGAUCGCCUAAAGGCAACGCAAACCAAAGUGAAGCGACCAUUUGUUAAAAUACCCUCAGAUAGUCUCUUGAAACAGGAUCAACUAAAUAUUGAACAAAUGACGCGUGCACUGCACAAGUACUCACCACAAUUGGAUCUAUACCGAGAGAUUGGUGAAGGCGCUGCGGCUGACGAGCGCAUCGUUUGCAAAAUUGAAGCGGCCGAUGGCGACUUUUUGCGCGGCUCUACGCUAAGUCAAUCAUUUGUACGUCAACUAAACACACGGCAAAAGAAGCCUGCACCGGCGCCACCAACCGGCUGCAUACGGUCGACCAACAUCAGCGGCGUUAAUGCGGUAAAUGGUGCGCCUCGGCCACUGCAAGCGUCGCAGCGCGCAAAGUCUACAAAUGAAUUGUUACUUGAUGACUUGGCGCUGCAAUCGCGUCGUUAUCAGCGUGCAGCGAGUCGGAAAUAUGCAGCACCUCCAACGCCAAAGAAGCAACUUCAACAACAAACACAAGCCAUGGCUGUGCUCACAGUAUUGAAAGGCGAUGAUGAAGCCACACAGCGGUGCGAGCAAAACGCUAACAACAGUAGAGGGCAUGGCGUUGGCGCUGACACGACGCGUAGUACACGUGGUCUUACGAAAAAUUUUUUACGCGGCAGCGCAGAAAUUUAAUCAUAACACUUUGCAACGGUGAGCGGCAGGUGAAGUGGAGCAGCUCACUAGAUACCAAAAACUGAAAAGGUGUACAAAACAUGCACUCGAAUUGACGCUCAACGUAAAUGUUAAUUAUUUAGAAAAAUAUAUUUCACUGUAUUGUAUGUAAUUGUAUUGUAUUUACUAAAUAUACUAAGCAAACAAUUAAUUUUUUGCCAGCUGAAGCGAGCCAUGUUUUCAUGUAAACAAUCUUUGAGCAUUUAUUUUUCACUUUAUUUAAUAAUAAAACAAAAAUAAUAAU